CCAAAUAAAACCAAACCCUCUUUCUCAUCUUUCCUUUUCUCUUUCUCUCUUCUUUCACUUCCACCUUCACACAUUACUUCACACAACAACAAUGGCGUCCCUCUUUUCACUCUCUCUAAACCCUAAUUUAUCUGCAGAUCCAAUCUCCAUUUCUUAAACACUUCUCAACAACACAACUCCACCUUUUCCUCCUUAUCAGCUGGUGGAUACAACUCUUCCUGUUCGUAUUCAUCCAUGUGUGUGUGUGUGUUUAACGAUUGAGAUUACGAUUCACCACGUUGAAACGCUUUGAUUGAUUGCUUUUCACUGAUAAUGGCGUCCGAGCAGAACAGAUUUCUGCAGCAGCGGCAGCAGCAGCAGCAGCAGCGGCAACAGCCUCCGUCUUCCCGUCGGAAACGAUGGAGGGGUUGUUUGAGUGGUUUAUCGUGUUUCGGGUUACAAAAAGGCGGAAAGCGGGUUGUGCCUGCGUCUCGUAUGCCGGAAACACAUUCGACAGCGAACCAGCAAAACGGGGUUCAAGCUGCGGGGUUAACUAACCCGACUAACGCGGUUCACCCGUCGUUGUUAGCUCCACCGUCUUCGCCUGCGUCGUUUUCGAAUUCCGCGCUGCAGUCUACAGCGCAGUCGCCGAAUUGUUUUCUGUCUGCGAACUCGCCUGGAGGCCCGACAAUGUUUGCUACCGGGCCGUAUGCUCACGAGACGCAACUUGUAUCACCGCCUGUGUUCUCGACCUUCACCACUGAGCCGUCUACUGCUCCGUUCACACCGCCACCCGAGCUAGCCCAUUUGACCACACCGUCAUCCCCUGAUGUCCCGUAUGCACAGUUCCUUUCGUCUAGUUUAAAUCUUAAAAACGAUCAUAAAACAAAUUACAUGCCAGCAAAUGAUCUUCAAGCAGCGUAUUCUUUACACCCCGGAAGCCCGGCUAGUACUCUUAGAUCACCGAUUUCACAGACAUCGGGUGAAGGUUUAUCGUCAUCUUUCCCUGAACGGGAAUUCAGCCCGCAAUGGAAUUCUCCACAAGAAAAAGGGCCAGACUCGAAGACCCCUCAAGAUGCUAAUUUCUUUUGCCCGGAAACAUUUGCACAAUAUUAUUACGAUCAAUCUUCGUUUCCUCAUACUGGUGGGAGGUUAAGCGUUUCUAAGGAGCCAGAUGUUUAUUCCAACGCUGGAAAUGUAGUUCAAAGUAGGCAGAGUAAAGCUUGUAAACAAGAUAUGGAGGAAUUAGAAGCGUAUAGAGCAUCGUUCGGGUUCAGUGCUGAUGAAAUUGUGUCCACACCUCAGUAUGUUGAGAUCUCCAAUGUUACGGAUGACACGUUUUCCAUGAUGCCAUCUGGACCCAAUAAGCUGCCCGAUGUCAAAACCGUACCAAAUCUUGGCCGAAAUGAAUUCUCAAGCCCGAAAAGUUGCAGAGUGGAAGCAAUUCACUCUUGCAAAAGCGAGCCCAUUUCAUUACAUGCUAUUAAAGGUGUGAAGGAGCCGGUUGAGCAUUGUUUGACCGAUGAUGAAGACAUAUUCUCGAGAAUGAAUGGGAAGUAUGAUAUGGGAAUGGGGCAUUCAAAUUCUGAUGCAGAAAUUGAUUACAGAAGAGGGAGAAGGUCAAAAUGGGCAUGAGGGGAAUUGAGUUGGGAUAGUUGGUUUCUGUAUGUAUCUAUCAAUGGGUUAUCUUUAUUUUGACCCUCAAAAGCAGUUAUGGAUGCUUGUGUUGUCUAUUAUGUUGUUUCUUUCUUUUCUGGUGUAACUAUUGUUAUGUAUCUGCUGAAUGUCCAUUUGGUUAAACAAAUGAGAUGGGAAUGUUGACUAUUUUGUGAAGGAUAGGUACUCAAGGUUAAUUUAAUAUUAAUAUCAAUAUUAUUCUCUGUGGCUCA